CCCAGCCCCCGGAGCCCGGCCUGCCCUGGUCGUCCUCCAGCCCUAGGUCGCCGCGGAUCUGGUGGGCUGGGACCCCCGUCUCCACCCCAGACGCCCCUAACUCGCCUCUGGCUCCUGGGGAGGGGGUUGCCCUUGCUGGGCAGAGGGUCCGAGGCCGGGCCUGGGAGCCACGUGGCUUGCCCUGUCCGCAGCGCCGUGGGGAAGACAUGCUUGCUGAUCAGCUACACGACCAACGCCUUCCCCGGAGAGUACAUCCCCACCGUUUUUGACAACUACUCGGCCAACGUGAUGGUGGACGGGAAGCCGGUCAACCUGGGGCUGUGGGACACAGCGGGGCAGGAGGACUAUGAUCGGCUGCGGCCACUCUCCUACCCCCAAACUGACGUCUUUUUGAUCUGCUUCUCCCUGGUGAGCCCGGCCUCCUUCGAGAACGUUCGUGCCAAGUGGUACCCGGAGGUGCGGCACCACUGCCCCCACACGCCCAUCCUCCUGGUGGGCACCAAGCUGGACCUCCGCGACGACAAGGACACCAUUGAGCGGCUGCGGGACAAGAAGCUGGCGCCCAUCACCUACCCACAGGGCCUGGCCAUGGCCCGGGAGAUUGGCUCUGUGAAGUACUUGGAGUGCUCAGCCCUGACCCAGCGGGGCCUGAAGACAGUGUUUGACGAGGCAAUCCGCGCAGUGCUCUGCCCGCCGCCAGUGAAGAAGCCAGGGAAGAAGUGCACGGUCUUCUAGAGCCCUGGCACCCCUGAGCCUGAGGGCUGGCGGGGAGCAGCCCUAGACGUGUCCGCUGUUGUGUUGAGACGUGUGGUGUCCCUGAGUUGGCUGUGGGGAGCAGUGAGGGUGGGCAGGGGGGAAGCAUGGGGAUGAGGCUGGGCGGCAGGAUCCUGUCCUCUCUGCUGCCUCAUUCUGGGGUGUGGCUCCAGCCUUCCCUGGCCCCCGCCGGAGGCCAGGAGGGAGCAGGGUCUCCCUCAGGGCUGCAGGGGCAGGUGCAGGGAAGCCCCAGGAUGGGCUUCCCUGGAGGGGGAGGGUGGGGGGGAGUUCUGUCCAUUGCGCCCCGAGGCGGGGCGGCCCCUUCUUAUUUUAUACAAUAAACAUUCUCCACCUAC